AGCGCCGCGCCUCAGGCCGCCGCCAUGGGCUGCUGGGGCCGCAACCGCGGCCGGCUGCUGUGCAUGCUGCUGCUGACCUUCAUGUUCAUGGUGCUGGAGGUGGUGGUGAGCCGGGUGACCGCGUCCCUCGCCAUGCUGUCCGACUCCUUCCACAUGCUGUCGGACGUGCUGGCGCUCGUGGUGGCGCUGGUGGCCGAGCGCUUCGCCCGGAGGACCCACGCCACGCAGAAGAACACGUUCGGCUGGAUCCGCGCCGAGGUGAUGGGCGCGCUGGUGAACGCCAUCUUCCUGACGGGGCUGUGCUUCGCCAUCCUGCUGGAGGCCGUCGAGCGCUUCAUCGAGCCCCACGAGAUGCAACAGCCACUCGUGGUGCUGGGCGUCGGCGUGGCGGGGCUGCUGGUGAACGUGCUGGGGCUCUGCCUGUUCCACCACCACAGCGGCGAGGGCCAGGGCGCGGGCCACGGCCACUCGCACGGCCACGGCCACCUCGCCAAGAGCGCGCGCAAGGCCGGCCGCGCAGGGGGCGAGGCGGGCGCGCCUCCGGGACGGGCGCCGGACCAGGAGGAGACCAACACGCUAGUGGCCAACACCAGCAAUUCCAACGGGCUCAAGGCGGACCAGGCAGAGCCAGAGAAAUCCAGAGGUGAUGACCCUGUGGAUGUACAAGUCAACGGGAACCUCAUCCAGGAGCCGGACAACCUGGAGUCGGAAGACGACAAGGCGGCACAACUGAACAUGCGAGGAGUGUUUCUGCACGUCCUUGGGGACGCCUUGGGCUCCGUGAUCGUGGUGGUGAACGCCUCACUCUUUUACUUUUUGUGGAAGGGUUGUUCUGAAGACAACUUCUGUAUAAACCCCUGCUUCCGUGAUCCCUGCAAAACAUCUAUAGAGCUAAUCAACAACACCCAGGCCCUGGUUCGGGAGGCCGGUCCGUGCUGGGUGCUCUACCUAGAUCCAACUCUUUGUGUUAUAAUGGUUUGUAUACUUCUCUACACAACUUACCCAUUGCUUAAGGAAUCUGCUCUCAUCCUUCUACAAACUGUUCCUAAGCAAAUUGACAUCAGACAUUUGGUAAAAGAAUUACGAGAUGUUGAAGGCGUUGAGGAAGUUCAUGAGUUACAUGUCUGGCAGCUCGCUGGAAGCAGAAUCAUCGCCACUGCUCACAUAAAAUGUGAAGACCCAACUUCGUACAUGCAGGUGGCCAAAACCAUCAAAGAUGUUUUUCACAAUCACGGAAUUCACGCCACUACCAUCCAGCCAGAGUUUGCUAGUGUGGGCUCUAAAUCAAGUGUAGUCCCGUGUGAACUUGCCUGCAGAACUCAGUGUGCUCUGAAGCAGUGCUGUGGGACACGGCCACAGAUCCCUUCUGCAAAGGAUGCAGAAAAGGCCCCAACAGUUAGCAUUUCUUGUUUAGAACUCAGUGAGAACCUAGAGAAGAAGCCCAGGAGGACUAAAGCUGAAGGCAGCCUCCCUGCUGUGGUGAUAGAGAUUAAAAACGUGCCAAAAAAACCCGAAUCAUCUUUGUGAGUCUUGGAAAAGAUGUGAUAUUUGACUUUGCUUUUAAACUGCAAGAGAAAAUAGACUCCAUUGAAAUACUAAGUUUGCCAAGUAGUGUAAUUGAAGUCCUUGUCUGGUCGCACAGUUUAAUUCUAUUUUUGUAAGAACAUAAUGGAACUGCAUAAUAGAAUGUUCUACAUUACAGCCUUGUGAUUAUUAGUGCAUAGAGCAGCUAUGCUGUAACACGUUUUGAAAGCCAGUUUUAACACUAUGUUACAUUUUUGUUUAAGUAUAAACCUUAUAUGACAUAAUGACAUUUGAUUCCUGGUUUUCCCAUGAUAAAAAUUAGGGGGAUAAAUAAAAUUGUUACUGGAAUUUCUCUGCUUCCCCCUCCCCCCCCCCAUUGUUAUACAUUCUUUGUUAGAAUUGUAGUUGCUAGACUGACUUUAAAAUCAUCAAGUUAGUUUCCUUUGCUGUUUAGGGAAUAGCUCCUUGCCCUUUGAGAUCAUAAACUUAACAUGAUGGCAGCGUGUUUUCAGGAUGACUCAUGACUACUAGCAGGAAAUAUGAGUGGUUACUAUUCUGUAUUCCCUACUGCUAGUCAUCUAGUAAACUGAGCUAGUUCACAAAAGGAGUUAGAGUUUACAUACAGUGGAGGGGUAGAGUGUAAGAGCAGGGAAGAACGCAAACUUGUAGGUUAUUCUGUGUUAAUACUGAGAUUACAUGUCUAAGUUAUCUUGAAAAUCUCGAGUGGUUUUAGUCAACCAAAGCUGCUCUAAACACGUUUGCCAGUGUGUCUGCUUUCUCUCGGAGACUGGUUGGUAUUAGCGAUGUUGAGCUAAAAGUUUCAAGAUGCAUGAAUAUUUUUGAGAAUGAAGACUUAGUCUUUGUUAACUGCAACUAGUGAUCUACAAUUGUGUCUUAAAAACCUUUUUUAUGCACAGCAGCGAGCACAGCCUGUGCUUUUUGCCAAGAGCCAGUGAAAGAAAGAAAUUGGAUGGUUCGUGCAGUUGGAAUAUUUUAGAAAGCAAAGUUAAUAAGAGCGUCUUGGGGUCUUUAAACCAUCCUGUCUGGACGCGCUCAGCUCUCCAGUGUGCUUCCUUGUACUCAGGAAGUCGUUCACAGCUGUUUCUCUGCCACUGGUUUCAAACCCAGCGCAAACAUUGGAAGAUGCUUAAGUUAUAUUUUCCUUGACAGAGAAAGGUUAAUGUUUUGUGAAGAGAAUGUAGAGUUUUGUCUUCAAAAGAGUGACUAUUAAUAUCAGUUGUAUAUAGCUCUAUUUUUCUAGGAACAGAGUACCCUGACUACUUCAAUAACUUUUAUAGCUGACUACUUUUGGGAUUUGAAAUAAUUCAUUGCUUAAUAAUCUGAAAAUGGAAGUGUUAGCAUAUGACAGUUACUUUGAGGGGAUGGUCUUUCCCUAUGUAAAAAGCCUGUUGCUGGCACAAUGGGCCUACUUAAGAACAGCUGGAUUUUCUGAUGAGAAAUUUAAUUUUAGGAACAUAGUUUGUAAGUUCCCAUUUACUGCACUGGGCCGACCAUCAGCCUGCAUAAUGCUUCACUGAUGUGCGAUCCAACACCUUAGCAGAUGGUUACUUUGAAUUCUGCAAAAAUUUGUUUGUUUUGUUUUGUUUUAACAUGAAAUUGAGAGAUCUAUGGGUGACUGCAAGAGAGAACUCCAGUUGUCACAGCAAGGUGACUGGUGAAAGUGUGCCCUUCAGAAACACUCUGGGUGGGUUCAUGACGAAGGUGCCCCAGGAAUUGGGACAAGGGCUAUGUCAACCUAUUUUCAGAAGUGCUUUAGGGAAGCGGCUUCUAUGUAGAAAGUGGUACCAUAGGCUUUUUUUUUUUUUUUUUCCAAAGGUGUUUGUCAUAGCAAAAUCCAUGGCACCCGCUCACCUUGGAGUUUUAGAGAAUUAUUUAUUUCCUUACAAUGCACUUUCUAACCCAUUUUUAGCUAUAUUAGCAUUAUCUUUAAGAAAAAAAGAUAUGUUUUUUUUGUAUUUAAGUGUUGUGGGACUUGAGUGUCUUUUCCAAAAUAGCUUCUUUCUUGAAAGGAAACGGGGAGCUACCUUGGCCUCUUCGGGACUAGCCCAUUGUUAAAUGUGCUUCCUUUCGCUGCGUCAGUUCUAGGGGGUGAGCAAGGCCAGUGUGGACCUGUCUGUCAUCUGGAGCUGAGGGAGAAGGUGCUGCAUGCUCCCAGAUUGCACUCAACCAGGACUCCUCAAGCUGUGUGCAGCCUUGGAAGGACGGAUUUCAUUUUCCAUGGUCAGCUUGUAGGAGUAAUUCUUUUCUGGAGGGUAUCUACAUUGUAGAAGUACAGGCUAGAACAUGAAGAACAAUCCUCAAACAUUUUACUGUAUUUUCACAUUAAAAACAAAAAUACUGAAUGACUUUAGCCUAAGAUGUGUAAUUUGAACAGGAAGGGUUUGGAAAGUUGCAGGAAGCUGUUUAUGUGUGUAUGUCUUGUCAGCAUUCUGUUAUUUUGAGUGUCUGAAAGUUUUGAGGGAAAAGGCAAAACCUAAUGUGAAGUAUUCAGUAUGUAAACUGGUUUUGAAUGUUUUUACUGUUUUACAAGCAGAUACCAUUUAACAAUAAAUGUCAUUAACCUGCUGUCUUAAGGUAGUCAUACACAAAUGUGGAGUGUGAUUCUACAAUAGAAAAUAUUUUAAUACUACGUUUCAGUUUAGUGAUAAAACAGUGUUAAGGGGUCUUGGAAAGGUGGGAGGCUUUUGUUGUUGUCUUUUUGUGAUUGAAACUGUCCUAGUGCUCACGGUCUGGGAAACGGGACUGUAAUCACACUGUUUUGAUACAGCGCUGCAUAUAUACAUAUGUAUGUGUAUAUGAUGAUGCUCUUUUGUUUUACUAACAAGCUCUGCAAUAUUUAGCAGUCAUUUUCACUGGCACAAGAGCCUUUUGUAUAUUAAUCAAUUUAAACUUUUAAACCAAAAAUAUUAAGGUUCAGUGUCUGGUAAAAAGAUGCUGAGGAGAAUGUAACAUAGAAUUAAUAUGUGGUUAUAUAAAAAGACACAAAUCGCCAUGAUAGGGUCUGCCUUGAAACAGCACAAUGGAGUGUCAGUGUGUCUGUGAUUCUCUGAGACUUUUCUCAUGUUGGUUUUGUCUGCUGCCACCUGUCCUCUGGGCCAACAGUGUAGCUGAUGUGGCUCUCACUUUGUUGAGUACCGGUGCAGACAGAACUCAAGUGCAGCAACGUUUUCCCUAAUUUCUGUGUGUUUUAUGACUGUGUGUUAUUUCCAAAGCUGUUCCUACCUCACCAUGAGGCUUUAUGGAUUGUUAUGUAUUAUAAAUGUUCUAUAUGAGACAAGACUACUGUGUUUCUUCUCAUUUAUUAAAAAUUAAGUAGAAAAAUAAACUAAUUUUAAUAUCUA